AUGGACUUUGUGAAUAAAUUGACUGGCGCUGGGAAUAACUCAGAAAAUCGCACUGGCGAGAACAACUCGGGGCAGCAAAGCGGCAGCGGUGGCGGCUUCAUGGGCAAAAUGAACAACAUGGCCGGCGGCGGCGCUCAAGGCGAAAAGGACGAAGAUUUUCUUGACAAAGGUGUCGAUUUUGUUCAAGAAAAGUUCAUAGGUCAAGGCGAUCAGAGCAAUGAAUCAGCAGCUGAGCAACAAAAAGACGAGGUUAUAUCUGACAUGAUUCGUGACAAAUACAAGGGUAUCGCGGGGAGCGAUUUCCCCAUCAAAGAUAAAGAAAAGCAUUACGGGGCGUAAAAGUAUGAUGAGCAUUCAGACUUUCUUUAUUGGUGCAAGGUUUUCGAGUUGAAAAAAAAAAGACUCCAUCAGAAGCAAGGGGAUUAAAAGACUGUGUUCUGUCGUCCACGAUGACAAAUAACCGACUAGUCCGGCUUGUAUUCCUCAAAAGAGUGGAAUGAGAAGAAUUUGUAUCCACAGCAUCCAUCUCAUAUAGCAUGAUAUUUGCUUUUUUUUUUUUUGUCCAAUUUGAAUGGGAAAUCCAGCAUAUAAUGUAGCGACCAAACUAUCAUGACCUCGACGCUAGAAGAUGUCUUCUCUUUGAACAUCCUCGUCAACACACCGUUUCACCCAGUCCCAGACGACAUUGUACCACAUCACUAUAUUCUCCGGUUUGGUGACAAUGCUUCCUUCGUCUGGAAACGUCAAGAGGCGGCUGGGAACGCUCUGGGCUUGCAGACAGUUGAAUGCAGUCAGCGCCUCGGUAAUUGAACAAUGCUUGUCCUUCUCACCGUGGAUAAUGAGCGUCGGCGGCGC